GUGCUCUCCGCGGGUUGCAUCCACCCCUGGACACACCAGGUGACUGGAGACGCCCCCCGGCUCUGCUGCGGGCUGGCCGCGGUGUGGGACGUCGCGUCUUGCCGCUUCGGCCCGGAGAACACCGACCAGACUGGAUCACCGAGUGCCAGGGCCUUCGGGGGCGAUCCAGUCGAUCUCCAUGCAAAGUUCAUGUUAUUCCAGGACUCAUUUCAUGACAACGAAGGCGUAGAGACACUUUUCACAUACCUAACGGUUUUGAUCGGAGAGCGCCUGGACGACAAGGUGGAGGCGCAGAACGCUGCGCUCUUUGAUGUGGACAUUCGUUCCCAAGAUUCCGUGACGUAUUUAAUAAUGAGGAGAGAUCAGCAAGUGUCCAAGGCAGCGACGAGAGGCCUGAUUCCACCCGACAGCGUGACGGCGAGAAUGGACGGAGAAUGUGCAAGUUUGUCCACUCAGGAUAAGAAGAUGUUCGAGACGGGGUUGCACAUGAGGGAUGGCGAUGACCCAGGUUCAGAGCAGAUGGGCGUCUUCGACGUGUCUGUUUCCGAGGAAGAGGCCUUCGCGUUGUUCGCGACCAUCGAGCAGCAGGACCUCUCCGAGGAAGAAGUGAUGCAGCUGUUCGUGGCACCGGCAGCGGUCGCGGGUGCGCCCGACCUGAAGCGCGUGGUGGGCGCUUUCAGCUCGCGAGGCGCGCGAUGCAGCAUCAUGCCGAUGGGGGUCGCCCAGAUGCAGCAGUUCAUGGGCGCAGAGCGGGCCCGGGUGCUGGAGCUCGAGAACCGCGAGGCUCAGAGCGACGAGGUGCAGAACGCCAACUUGGCUGCGCUGGUGGCAGUGCUGAGGGGCUCGAUAGCCAGGGUCUCUCCAGGCGGGGGGGUCGGCGCCCCGCGCCUUCGCAAUUCCAUGUCCACUAGAGCGAAGAUUUCCAGGUCUGGAACCCGGAUGUUGCUCAGCGUGGGGCUGGGCCUUGAGGCCCCCCGGCAGUGCGACGUCGGGAUCGUGCUCGCGUGGCUCGGCGGGCUCAACGUAGCCGCCGUGGCCGUUGAGUCACCGAGGUUUUCGGCGCGUGGCCUCCGCGGGCCUAACGUAGCCAUCGACGCCAUUGAGUCGCCGAGGUUUCCGGGCGCCUGGGCCCCUAGAGCUGUCGGGCGCGUUGCGAUCCCGGACAUCGCGACGGCGGAGGCGCUCUGCCUGAUUUCGGUGGCUGCGAAGAUGUAUGAGCAUCGGGUCCUGAAGGGCAGUAACUGCGCUGGAACAAACAUGGGCGACGCAAUGGACGACCUCGAGAUGCGCGUGGACAACUUGAAGGACGAGCUGGGCCUUCGCGUCCCAAAGUCUGACUUCAAGAAUGAUUUGGAGAAGAUCCUCGGCACGAAGAGCCAGGGGGCCCUGGGCGGCGUCAUCACCUUCAGGGCCAAGGCGACGGACAAUGGAUUCCUGAAGAGCGUGCGCGGCCAGAAGGUUACCUGGGACUGGAGAAAAGAUGUGGUUCACAGCCAACGAGCGGUCGAUCAGACGAGCGUCGAUCAGACCAACGUCGCCGGGGAUCAUACGAGCGUCGAUCAGACCAACAUCGCCGCAGACUUCGACCUCGCGUUGUUCCACAACAAUUCGGUGCUGAGCAACGUGGCCACUGCAGGACUUAAUCACGUGUUGACAGAGAUCCCGGCACGCGACUUGCAGGAGUACCAGCUGUUCCCCGAGGAGGAUCUCGACUUCAUUCGCGGUUGGAUUGCGUG